AUGGUGAAAUCUGUAAACAAGAAAACCUCAUGCCUGACAAUCCUUUCCUCCCUCUCUUCUUUUUUCAGAUCAUUUACUCAUCUCCCUGUAAAAGUAAUCCCAUCACAUGCGUUUGAAGGACUUAGAGAUGCCUUCAUCAUUGAAAUCUCUCAGAGCGACUCCCUGGAGAGAAUAGAAGCGAGUGCAUUUGACAGCCUUCCCACUUUGUCUGAAAUAUUAAUCCUGAACACAAAAAAUCUGUUGCACAUUGAGGAUGGAGCAUUCAGAAACCUUCCAAGGCUAAAAUACUUGAGCAUUUGUAACACUGGAAUAAGACAGUUUCCAGACCUGACACAGAUCUUCUCAUUAGAAGCUCAUUUUAUUUUGGAGCUCUGUGAUAACCUGCAUAUGACAACUAUACCACAAAAUGCUUUCCAGGGGAUGAACAAUGAAUCACUGACACUUAAAUUGUACAAAAAUGGAUUUGAAGAUAUCCAUAGCCAUGCCUUCAAUGGGACAAAGCUGAAUCAAUUAAUCCUGAAGGACAAUAAGAAGCUCAGGUGGAUACACAACGAUGCCCUGAGAGGGGCCACAGGGCCAGAUGUCCUGGACGUUUCUUCAACAGCACUGGAGUCCCUGCCUAGUUACGGACUCGAGGCCAUUCAAGUCUUAAAUGCAACGUCAUCUUACUCGUUAAAGAGACUGCCACCACUGGAUAAAUUCAGCAGUCUUCUAGAAGCUGUUCUAACGUAUCCCAGCCACUGCUGUGCUUUUCGAAAUCUAAGGACAGAAAAACAAAAUUCCUUGCUUUCCAUUUUUAACAACUUCUCCAAAGAGUGUGAAAGCACCAUGAGGAAACCAACUAAUGAAAUACUGUAAGUACCACUCUGCAUACAGAUAGUGGAAGUAGCAAAUACGAACCUCCCCCUCCUGCUGUUCAUGUGCUUUUUCUAGAACAGCACGUCUUUUGCUGCCAAUUUAGUCACCCUUACAAGUUGCACAGUGGUAAUUUUACUAUCAUUAAACCACGAUUUGUAAUUUUUAUGUUCAAAAGGAAAGGG